CCUCGAUGAAGGCAAUAGCAGCACUUGCUGGUCAUUCUCCAAUACCACAUCAUGCCCAUGUCAAACGGCUUUCAAAGAGUGUCAAGAGGUCUCCGUAGCUUUUCUUCUACGCGCCAGGCGAGGGCAGAGAGGUUCAGGGUAGGAUAUAUACCUGAACACUUCAGGACACCUCUAGCAUUCGCCCAGAAACACUACCAGCUCAACGCAGAGCUCGUACCUUUCCCGACCGGCACAGGUGCUCUUGCAUCUGCCCUGAGAGCCCCACGACAUAAAGCCGGCAGCAUCGAGGCAGCAGUCGGUCUCACGGAAGGUUUCGUAGCCGAUUUAGGCAAAGACGAAGACACCGUAUGGCCUCCCAAGUACCGACUCCUAGGGACAUAUGUCGAAUCACCGCUGCGAUGGGCAAUCGUGACCGGCGCUCAACGCUCUGAGAUCAACGACGUCAGCGAUCUCAAAGGCAAAAGAGUAGGGGUGAGCAGAAUAGGUAGCGGAAGCCAUGUAAUGUCUUUCGUGCUAGCAGAGGAGCGAGGUUGGUUGGAGCCGUCGAAAGAGCCAUUUGACGUCGUGCCAAUCGGAGAUUUCGCUGCGUUGCGAAAGAGCGUCGGUCCAGAUACGACUUCAGAUUUCUUCAUGUGGGAACACUUCACGACGAAACAUUUCUGGGAUACUGGCGAGCUGAAGCGAAUUGGGGAGAGAUAUACGCCAUGGCCGUCAUGGAUGAUUGCGGCUCGCACGCAUGACGGUUUUGAGGAUGAUGCGGAAAGGAUGAUAGGUGCGAUUAAUGACGGGAUUGCGCACUAUAGGAAGAACAAGGCCGAGGCGGUGGAAUAUAUUACCAGUACCAUGCGUUACAGUAAAGAGGAUGCUCAAGAGUGGAUGAAGACUGUGGUGUUUCCGGAAGAUGUGAGGGGAGUGAAAGAUAGUGUGAUGACACAGACCGUGUCAAUCUUGCAGGAAGCGGGAGUUUUGCCUGGAGACAUUGCAACGGGUGGCUAUAUGAUUCUGCAGAGAAGGCAAGAAUAAGACGCUGUUGCUAAUGCUGCGGACGUUUAGUGCUGCUAAAUGGAUGUAGGAUUAUGUGCUCCCAGCGAUACAUGGUCCGAUACGCGUGUGUUGGCGACUUGUCGGAAGAGAGGGAAUAGAAAGCCUUGGCAUGUCUGCCGUCGCUCGUCGCGGAGAG